AUGGACUUAGUCGGUAAGAAGGCCGGAUCAGUCACUCCUGUGAAAGACCAACAUGGUUCUCGAUCCAAGAGGCAGGGAAACUCGAGAUAUGCCGAGAAUUUGAACCCUAAUGUUUCUCCUGGGCCAAAACCCACGGCUUCCCCCGCGACGAAAUCGACCAAGUCCCAGAAAUCGGCCCCAAAGAACCCAAACCCGGUUGUUCAUUCACCCCGGAACAAGAUCCGGGAGAGGAAGUUCGUCGUGGCAAAGAAGAAAUCGAAGAAAGAGAACCCAAAUGUUGCUUGUAAAUGCAAAGAGAAAGGUAAUUCCAAGAAGUGUCUCUGCGUGGCCUAUGAGAAUCUGAGGGCGUCGCAGGAAGAGUUUUUCAAGAACCGGAACGAUGAAUCGGAUAGUUUGAAGGAGUGUGAUAGAGCUGAGCGUGAACUCGAGGAAGAGAUUGAGAAGGGUUUGAGGAUUCAAGAUGGGUUGGAGGGCUCUGCGAUGAACGGGUCGGGUGAUUUUGACCCGAGUGAGAUUGACCCGUCUGGUGAAAUGAGUUCUUCGACCUUCAAGAGAAGGAGGGACAAGUUGUUGGAGGAGGCAAGGAAGAGUGUGCCUGAGCGUGGGAAAGUGAUGCACUUGGUUCAGGCCUUUGAGAAACUCCUUUCGAUUCCCUCGAAGGACUUGGAUGAGCAGAAGGAUGAGGAGGAACCAGAAGAUAAUGGCAAGAAGGCAGAAAAGUGGGCCUUACCUGGAUUGCAACCUCCUAAGAUGCCUGAAGCACAGGUUUUGUCUUCUUCGUUUUGUCCGUCUGAUUUGUUCUUGACAUCUGAGAAUCUUGGUUUGGAUCGGCGGCCUUCAGUUUCGUCUUCAUGGGAUGGAAGUUUGGGAAGUGUUUCAAGCAGGACUUCCAAUGGGGGGCGAAGGAGCCGAAGAAAUAGCUCUGAAUCAUCUAGCACAAUGGGAGGAAGGACAUGGAAGAAAAAGCAGCUCAGAGCCACUAGCCUUAAACCAUUCAAGCUAAGAACAGAGGAAAGGGGAAGACAAAAAGAGGAAGAUUUCAUGAAGAAGAUACAAGAGAUGAUGAUAGAGGAGGAGAGGCAGCGGAUACCAAUUGCUCAGGGCCUCCCAUGGACAACUGAUGAACCAGAGUGCUUAAUGAAACCUCCAGUAAAAGACAUCACAAUACCAACUGAUCUGAAGCUCUACAGUGACAUGCGGGCAGUAGAGCGAGCUGAGUUUGACCAUCAGGUGGCCGAGAAGAUGAACCUGUUUGAGCAAUACAAGAUGGAAAGGGAGAGACUGCAGAAGUUGGCAGAAGAGGAGGAAAUAAGAAGGUUGAGAAAGGAGCUUGUUCCAAAAGCACAGCCGAUGCCCUACUUUGACAGGCCUUUCAUUCCUAGAAGGUCAAUGAAGCAUCCCACUAUACCCAAAGAACCAAAGUUUCAUGUGCCUCAGCAAAAGAAGAUCAAGUCCUGCUUGUCAUGGAACGAUAUCGGCUCCUACACUUACCAAGAGUGA